CCGCCGGGACUCAGAUUCUCCCCCGACACCGAGGAUGGGGGUCAUGGCGCCCCGAACCCUCCUCCUGCUGCUCUCGGGGGCCCUGGUCCUGACCGAGACCCAGGCGGGCUCCCACUCCAUGCGGUAUUUCGACACCGCCGUGUCCCGGCCCGGCCGCGGGGAGCCCCGCUUCAUCCUCGUCGGCUACGUGGACGACACGCAGUUCGUGCGGUUCGACAGCGACGCCGCGAGUCCGAGGAUGGAGCCGCGGGCGCCGUGGAUGGAGCAGGAGGGGCCGGAGUACUGGGACGAGAACACACGGAUCGCCAAGGGCAGCGCACAGACUUUCCGAGUGAACCUGCGGACCGCGCUCGGCUACUACAACCAGAGCGAGGCCGGGUCUCACACCCUCCAGAGGAUGUCCGGCUGCGACGUGGGACCCGACGGGCACCUCCUCCGCGGGUACAGUCAGUUGUCCUACGACGGCGCCGAUUACAUCGCCCUGAACGAGGACCUGCGCUCCUGGACCGCGGCGGACGCGGCGGCUCAGAUCACCCGGCGCAAGUGGGAGGCGGCCGGUUGGGCGGAGCAAGAGCGGGCCUACCUGGAGGGCACGUGCGUGGAGUGGCUCCGCAGAUACCUGGAGAACGGGAAGGAGACGCUGCAGCGCGCAGACCCCCCAAAGAUACGUGUGACCCACCACCCCAUCUCUGACCAUGCGUCCGCACUGAGGUGCUGGGCACUGGGUUUCUAUCCUGCGGAGAUCACACUGACCUGGCAUCGAGAUGGGGAGGAACAGACCCAGGACACAGAGUUUGUGGAGACAAGGCCUGCGGGGGAUGGAACCUUCCAGAAGUGGGCAGCUGUGGUGGUGCCUUCUGGACAGGAGCAGAGAUACACGUGCCAUGUACAGCAUGAAGGGCUGCCUAAGCCCCUCACCCUGAGAUGGGAGCCGCCGCCUCAGCUCAACAUGCUUAUUGUGGGAAUCGUUGCUGGCCUCUUUGUCGGCCUCAUUGUCCUUGGAGCUGUGGUUGCUGUUGUGAUGCCGAGGAUGAAGAGGUCAGGUGGAAAAGGAGGGAGCUAUGCUCAGGCAGCCAGCAGCGACAGUGCCCAGGGCUCUGACAGUUCUCUCACAGCUUGUAAAGUGUGAGCCAGCUGCCUUGUGUGGGACUGAGAGAUACAAAACUUGUUCACAGCCCCAUGUUGUGACUUCAAGACCCCUGACUUCUGUUUCUGUAUAGCUCAUCUGAAUGUGUCUGUGCUCCUGUUAGCGUAGUGUGAGGAGGUGGGGAGACCAGCCCACCCCUGCCCACCAUGACCCCUUCUCCACACUGACCCGUGUUCUCUUCCCCAGUCAUCAUUCCUGUUCCAGAGAGGUGGGGUGGGAGGUCUCCAUCUCUGACCCAACUUCAUUGUUUACUGAGCUGCAGUUUCCUACUUCCCUACUGAAAAUAAGAAUCUGGAUAUAAGUUUGUUUUUUCAGAUUGUUGCUGUGAGGGGUUGAUGGGUUAAUUAAAGAAGGACGAAUUUGACAGAGGAAAUAAACGGGAACAAUGAGAA